AUGCUUCGGCCUUUCGGGGCCAGCUGCGUCCUUGCGUUGCCGUCCACCUCCUUUCUGCGCCGCUGCUCCCACCGGCACGGCGCUAUCGUCAACCUGGCCGUCGUCCUCCAGCUCGUCGCUGCCGCUCUGCCACCCGGCGCAGAGGACGAGAUAGUGCUGAUCGAGCACCUACCGGGGCGCCAAGUUCACCUGCAGGACUUUUUUUGGACCGGAGCAGAGGACGCGCCCCCAUGGCUGGCCAACGACCAGAUGCUCGCGGUUUACGAGCCGCGUCCCAUGCACCACAACACGCCCACGGUUUACGUCCCCAACAGCCCCGGCGAAGGGGAACCAACGAAGCCGGCCGACUGUCCCACCUGCCCCGUCGAGCCCACCCCCAGUCUUCUGCACGAGGUGGACCAGGACAUCGGGGUGCUGAUUGGCGAGGAUCCGGGCCAACGGUACUGGCUCCUGACGGUGCUCAAGCCAGGCGAGAACGUGCCCCCGAAGAUCGAGCUGCGGCUCGCCCGGUUGUACAAGGCCGCCUUCGCGAGGCAGCAGCAGAGACACCUUGGCCUCGCCGGACCCGAGUACCGUGCCCACCGGGCCAUCCCCAAACGCCAGAUUAUCUCCGAAAACCAGACUCUAAUAUCCCAGAUGACCGAGUUGUCCCAAAUGUCUAACCCACCGGCUAGGGAGUCGCGCUUCGGACGCUCGUUGCUGCAGAUGCGCCCCGUGCGCAUAGUAAAGAGCCGUCGCACCUCGCCGAUCAUCGACGGUGGGGACGAGCACGACGGCAGCCGCGCCCUCGGGGCUACGGCAAACAAUACGGAGCGCCCGAGGCCACGCUCGCCUCAACUCGUCCAGGUGCGCAUGCAAAACACCUCGCUCAUGCAGGACGGCGCCACUCGACUCGUCUACACGGUCCACUUGGGUGGCAAGCCCGUGCCCGCGGAAACGGCCGCCAAGGACAUGGCUCUGCUCUCCGCCCAGGAGGUCGCCCUGGAACUCGGGGCGCCCGUCGUCAUCCAGAGCGAACCCUAUCUAAAAGAAUCUCAUCCUCUAGCGCUGUCGAGGAAACGGGACGCCUGGCUGUUGUUGGGUGCUACCGGGGUGGGCCUGCUGUUGCUCUGCGCCAUAGUCCUGAGCCUCUUGAUUUUCACGAAGCGCAAGAGGGCCCAGAGCGCGGUCGCUGUGCCACCCCCGCGGAGAAAACUCGCCAAGGACGUCGAGGGGUACGCCCCGACGACCCCCGGCAUCGACAACACGGCCUACACCUCCGAGACCGAGGCUAGAACGGAAGCUACGAGCGGACGGAAGCGCACGACUCCGGGCACUUUGUCGAGGACGCCGGGCUCGCAGGACACCCUAGAGGCCGACCGAAGAGACGCCAUGGUCGGGGAGUUCGAGCAUCGACGGGGCCAGGCGCCCGCCAAGGUCUGGGACACUCGGGAAUGCUCCACGGAAUCCACCAAAAAAGGGUUGCCCACGCGGAGGUCGGUGCAGCGGUCGAUCGAUCGGCCGCGCUCGCUCGAGUCGCCCGACUCGGCUGUAGGAGGCGAGGGUCAGCUCGAGAGCCUCGAGUCGCUGGAAAAGGAGGACGAGGAGGCGCAGCAGGCCACGGGCUCGCCGCACUCGUACCUAUCCAUGCCCUCGUGCAAGCAGUUCCCCAACAUGCGCAACGUCGAGCCGCUCUCCAAGGUCCUCGAGCCCCUUGUUGUCAAGCACCUGGAUUUGGAAUUCGAUUCCCCGGAGAUGAAACAGAAGAACUACGACUCCACGAGGAAAAACGGAGACUAUUUUUUUACGAGGUCGGCGAGCGAGUACAAGGACAAUGGGGCUUCGAGGCCCAUCGUCUGGGACUGGACGAAGAAGAGGCUCGCAGAAGGUACUUUGUAUGGAUUAACGGAUCCAAUGCCCACCACAGGGCCAACUUUUACUUUGGCUUUCAAUAACAAUACCCGUCUGUUGCCUCUGACCGUGCUUGUUCUGGCUGGGAUGAGGGUGACGGGAACUCGACAAACGCGAUCGUUGAGAAGAGCUGAUUGGUUCCAAGGUGGAUCGACAGAGUCAGCGCCGGCGGCAUCGGAUGCGGAUCUGGAACUCGGACGCCUGGCUGAUGCCGGCAGGACGCGCCUCGAUUCCCUCGGUCGGGACCACCAACAACAGCAGUGUACCAUCGGUGAGGGUCCACAUGAGGACGAGGUCGCGGUGGCCAUGGACAACAACCGAGGCAAGUCGGCGCACGUGAGCUCGGUGGCAGCCCCGAUCUCGGCGAGCGCGCCACGGCCUCGCACGUCCCUGCCCAGGAACGGCGAGACCGAGCCAUCGAUUCCAGAAACCGGCCAGCUGGGCCCCCAGCCAAGAAGCGCCUGGGGCUCGCGACCCUUGAGCGCCGGCCCCUUCCAUCGGCCGAACCUGCCGGAGGUCGAGGUGGUGCGCGUCCUUGCCGAGCAGCCACUUCGAGCCGACGACCCGGCAGUUCCCCUGAUCUCUUCCAUUAAGAAGGAACUUUGCAAAUUUUCCUACUGA